AUGUGCACUGGUGCGGGCAAGGCCCCUGAAGGAGACAAACAGCAAAGACCACGCAAGUACGCGUUCAACAAGCAUCAGCGAAUGCACAUGUGGCGGUGCUCCACGCCUUGGAGCACAGAAAUAGAAACCAAAGAGAAAGCACGCCCAGAGAGACUCUUCGCUGCAGAAAGUGUAAUCGUUACUAAUAAUAAGCUUCCAGCCUCCGGAGCCUGCUCCCGGAAGUGCCGGUGCUCGCAGCCGGCGCGACGGCUUCGCGGAGCUGGAGCGCUGGCCGCGCAGGCCCUGAGGGCCCGCGGUCCCAGCGGCGUCUCCGUGGCGCCCUCUGUGGCGUCUGGAGGUGGCGUUCCUACUGAUGAUGAGCGGGCCACUGGGCUGCAGAGGGAGGUCAUGCUGGCUGCACGCAAGGGCCUGGACCCAUACAAUAUGCUCGCCCCAAAGGCAGCCGCCUCAGGUACCCAGGAAGACCCUAAUUUAGUCCCCUCCAUCACCAGUAAGCGGAGAGCGGGCUGCAUCUGUGACGAAGCCAACAGUGCAGUCAUCUGGGUCCGGCUGCACAAAGGCGAGGCCCAGCGAGGCCCUAGCUCUGGAACCCAUUACAAGCUGGUGCCCCACCAGCUGGCCCACUGAGCCCCUGCACUAGCUCCCUCAAAGUGUGAUGUAAAGUUUCUUCUUUCCAACAAAGCCUAGCCAUUACAUUG